AUGGGCACAGUGGGAAUUCAAACUAUCUCUCGUGUCGAAGGUCUCAACAGCAUUGUCAAACGCCUAUUAACAGCAAGUAGCAGUUUGUGUGAUCUUGUCGAUGCACUCGAUGCAAGACUCCAAAAUGAGGCACAGUGGAAUCAGUUUUUUGAAUACCAGACUAUGUCAUCUUGUAUGGGAAUUGUGUCAGUGGAUCACGAUCUUUUUCCUGAAAUCGACAAAAAAAUGUCCAAAUAUUUCACCUCCCACAUAUUGUCUGCUGAACGUCUGGAAAUGUCACAAUGCCUAUAUUUCGUUGCAAGUCAAAUAGAUAUUGCGAAUAAUAAUGACGAGGAUUCCAACCUUAUCGUGAUGGAUGAAUUCGUUGAGGAUUCAUAUGAUGUCAAACAAAUUCUAUUGAAAUCAAUAGUUGGCGAAGAAAAUGUUCAAGAAGUGUGGAAAAUUAAAGACAUGCGACCCAGAAACAGCAAACAUUCACAUUUUGUGGUAGUGGUUGAUUCUAUUUCUUACCUAUUACCUGUCCGGUGGUAUAAUAAUGAACAAAAAGACAAGGAUAUAAUUACGAGUGCUUAUUGUUUUGCGAAUCAAGAAUCAGCGAAGAAUCAACCGAACGAAAUACUAAUGUCAAAUCCCUCGACUAUAUUCAAGUCCGUGACGUGUGUUUUACAUCGUGCAGCACAACGAAAAGUCAAAUAUGGAGAGUUAAAAGAGUUCAUUGGCUGGCACAAAGAAACAGCGACUAUACUUACUGGAUCAGUGCGAAAUUGGAAUCUCCAAGAACCCCUUGAAAUCCAAGCUAAUGAUGAAAACAAGGAAAAUGAACCUGGAUCAAUUGAAAAUCCAUUAGUGUCAAGAUGA